AUGAGGCGCCCAAUACGCAGGGGCAAACCGUUCGAGGAGUGGUGCGACGAGAACGGCGAGAGAGGGGCGAGAUUGUUUCGGGAGUACCACUCCAAGAAGAUGAAGAAGACGGAGGUAUCGUAUGGAUCUCAAUACAAAGCAUUGUGGAAAUGUGAAGAUUGCAAGCACAAGUGGCGGGCGGUGAUGGGCGACCGCACGAGGAGCGUCGAACCCCGCGGGUGCCCGAAGUGUUGUCUUUCGAGAGGUCAAGGGUGUUACACGGUGGUGUCCAAAAGAAACAACUUUCACGUGUGGUGCGAGAAGAACGGCGAGCGAGGGAAAAAGCUCUUGUUGGAAUACGUCGACCCGGAUAAGAAGCCGACUUCGGUGACGAAAUCGUCGCACCACAAGGCGCUGUGGAAGUGCCUGAAGUGCAAGCACGCGUGGAGGGCGAUGGUGUGCCACCGCACGAGGUGCGGCAGACCCACCGGGUGCCCGAAGUGCAACCCCCAAGGCACGAAGAAGCGCAAACGACGCGACGACUGA